UGCGAUUAGGCCAGGAAUUACAAGUGCAGUUUUACAAUCUGCGGCGCAAUAUUUUUGGUAUACGAUUAGUGGACAUCAAUUUGAUGUUGAGCCAAAUGAAAACGGAUUUCAUCAUCCAUUUUCUCCAUUUUGGACUAUAAAAUUAAUGGCGAUCGCAAUUUUAUUUAUUAUAACAGCAUAUCAUAUGUUUGACAAUAGACUGGCUAAUAUUAUAAACCAGUCACUUGCGGUUAUAAAAUUAAUCACAUAUUCAAUUAUCGCCAUGGCUGGAAUUUGUAGAUUAUUUUUAGAUUGGGAAACAAGUCGACUCAAUUGGCAAAAGCCAUUAGAAGGAAAUUCGGAUUUUACAGCUUAUACUACUUCAAUUUUACUG